GGGCAAAAGGCGGCGGGCGGCGGCCUGCAUUGUUGGGGGUCGGCUUCAGCGAAUUUGCUGCUCAAUCACUACCCGUCGCCACCUAGGCCGGUCUCGCAUUUUCAUUUUCCAUCCAUCUGGCUAUGGUCUGCUCGUUAAACAGGAUCGUCACCAGGGGUGGCAAUCCUUUUUUCUUGCCUCGAUUAUGGCCUGGCCUCUCGGAUACGAUCCAGUUCCUAUCUCUCGGACACGCCGUUGACAAGACAAGAAGACUUCGAUAAUGUUGACAUCUUAUUUUUUUGUUCAGCCAUCUAGCCAGUGGGAUGAGUUUCUCAAUGCCCUAUCACGAUUCGAGCGACCUUGCACACCAUGCUCGUUUGACAAGACGGCAAGACGGGCAUGGCAUUGGCAUUUGCUGGGCAAGAUGGUCGACCCAAGGCGUAAGCGGGGGGUCCGCAGAAAGCAUGGAAGGCACGGAAAGGCUUCCAUGCAUUAGCAAAUAGAAGCAUUGUACGGUUCACACGCCGCUUGCACCAACUAACAGGAUGACACCAUCCACCCACCCAUAGAUACGCGCGUUUCGGUGGCUAUCGAUGAUUGCAAUACCUGGUUUGUCUGGGAGCUGGUACUGUAUUCCUAGCGGCUCGUUGGUUCGCAGUUGGGUGGUAUGCCUACCUAGCAAGCCUAGCUACCCUCCAUCUUCCAUCGUCGCCCAGUCUCCAGGGGCCUUAUCCAGACAUUUCAUUGAAGCCCCCCCUUCCUCCCACCAGUCCAGGCGUCUUGGCGACAGCAGCGUUAUGCCAUUUUUCCCAUUGAUGUCCCCCCAAAAGGCCCCUUUCCUCGCCCCAUCAGCCUGCUCGGAGGGUUGCCCCAAAAACGGACUGCCAAGAAGGCUUGUGGUGCGUCCAGGGUCGGGUCCCCAGAUGGCAAGCAUUUGCGACUGAUAACUGGCCUUCCCUUUUUUCCCUCCAUCGCCACGGUGCAUGGGACAGGGUCAUCUCGCAUGCACAGUAAAACGGUUUGUUUCUCGAGUGCUUCCUGCCUUGCACCCCCCCGGUACCGCGAUCGACGGGAUUUAAUAAGACCUCUUCUCUCCCCGUCCCGUCCCUCUCUCUCACGGUCUUUCUCCCCUUUCUUCCUCACCCGCUCGCCACCCCCUCGUCUUUCCUUUUUGGCAUCGCAGCCUUAUCCCUAGUGGACUGCGACAACCCCGGCCCAUUAGUUUGUGCCCUUUCAUUCCCUUUUGUCUCUCUUGAAGCACGAAACAAAAAGACACACGGUUCGGAGAGGACAUGACGUCCAAAGUCGAUAUGGCGGACGAGAAGGGUACCGUCGGUUCCGGUACCCUUCCCACCUACGGCGCAUCCCCUGAUGCGUCGCACCAAGACAUGGCCAUGGAUGGCCGCGAGGAGAACUUUUACACCCGAAACGGUCUCAACCUCGAGUCGUUCAAGUGCCGCAGCUACGGCCAGGGCAUUGUCGAGCUCGACCGCUCCAUGAAGAAGCGCCAUUUGCACAUGAUUGCCAUUGGUGGUUCUAUCGGUGCUGGUUUCUUCGUCGGUUCCGGUGCUGCCUUCGCCAAGGGUGGUCCCGGUGCCGUGUUCAUCGACUUCGCCAUCAUCGGAGUCAUGAUGUUCAACGUCGUCUACGCUCUCGGUGAACUCGCUGUCAUGUAUCCUGUCUCUGGUGGUUUCUACACGUACUCGGUCCGCUUCAUCGAUCCUUCAUGGGGUUUCGCCAUGGGCUGGAACUAUGUUUUCCAAUGGGCUGUCGUUCUUCCUCUCGAGCUUACUGUAUGCGGUCUAACGUUGAACUACUGGGAAGGCACACAAGCCGUUCCGCUGUGGGGAUGGAUUCUCAUCUGGUGGUUCGCCAUUAUCAUCAUCAACAUCUUUGGCACUCUUGGUUACGCUGAGGAAGAAUUCUGGUCAUCAUGCCUGAAGCUUUCGGCUAUUGUCAUCUUCAUGAUCAUCGCUUUUGUUCUCGUCCUCGGCGGCGGCCCUAAGGGAGGCAAGUACGACUCGUACUGGGGUGCAAGGCAUUGGUACGAGCCCGGUGCGUUCCAGAACGGAUUCAAGGGAUUCUGCGCCGUCUUCGUCACCGCUGCCUUCUCCUUUUCCGGCACUGAGCUCGUUGGUCUCGCCGCCGCCGAGUCGGCCAACCCCGCCAAGGCCCUUCCCGGUGCCAUCAAGCAGGUGUUCUGGCGUAUCACCCUCUUCUACAUCCUCGGUCUGUUCUUCGUCGGACUCCUGGUAUCUUCAACCGACGACAGGCUCCUGAGCUCCAACCCGUACGCCGACGGUACCUCUCCCUUCGUCAUUGCUGCCAAGGACGCCGGUCUCGUCGGAUUCGACCACUUCAUGAACGUCAUCAUCCUGGUUUCCGUCCUGUCCAUUGGUGUUUCUUGCGUCUACGGAGGCUCGCGUACCCUUACCGCUCUUGCCCAGCAGGGUUACGCCCCCAAGGUCUUCACCUACGUUGACAAGUCUGGCCGUCCCCUGGCCUCCGUCUUCGUAAUUAUCGCUUGCGGUGCCCUUGCUUUCCUCAACCUGGAUGCUGGUGCCGAGAAGGUUUUCAGCUGGCUCCUUUCGCUUUCCGGCCUGGCUGCCCUCUUCACCUGGGGCUCCAUCUGCCUGGCCCACAUCCGUUUCCGUCAGGCCUGGAAGGCCCAGGGUCACACCCUCGACGAGAUUCCUUUCCAGGCUGCUCUUGGUGUCACCGGCUCCUGGAUCGGCCUCAUUCUUUGUGUCCUCGUCCUGAUUGCCACUUUCUACUCGGCUCUUUUCCCCUACAACAAGCCCGGUGUCGGUACCGCCGAGUCAUUCUUCCAGGAGUGGCUCUCGGUCCCCGUCAUUCUCUUCUUCUGGGCCUGUGGUUACAUCUGGAAGCGCGAGGGUGGUCUCAAGCUGGAGCAGAUCGACGUCGACACUGGUCGUCGUGAGCACGACUGGGACCAGAUCAACGCCUACAAGGCUGAGCUCGCUGCCAUGCCCUCAUGGAAGCGUUUCGUGAAGAAGAUCUUCUAGGUCUAGAUGCGGGUUUAGUUGCUUGUUUCUAUUCUCUUUUAUAUGUGGAUUGCUCAAGCCUCUCUUCCCUUGGUUAUCCUUGGGUUAAUUAAAAGGAAGGUGGGCUGGGGAUUUCCCGUCCCUCAUGGCAACUCGACUCACUUUAAUGCAACCAAGUUCGGCACCCUUUUUUGUUCUUUGAAGGAACCUAGGGGGGUUCUGGCUUCUUUGCUUUCUAGAUAAUAAUUUUCUCGCGGGUUUCCUCCAUGCACCAAAGAUAUCCUCUCUCUUUUAUUUUCUAGCCUGGAUCAUAUAUACUCAAUACCAAAUCUAUCUUUCCAGCAAAAAAUAAUGAAACUGCUCUGAUUCCCCAUUCCAUUCAUGUUAUAUGCGUGAAGCCUCAUACACAGCC